CGCCGCUUCGCUGACUGCAUGUACUGGCAUUGCGAUCUGCCUGCAGGGGCCCAUGUGGCUGGCAGCCGUCGUGACGUUUGUCGCUUGCUGCUGCCUUCAAGCGCUCUUCUCGUCCAGCCAGCGCGUCCGACCGGUACCAGUAGCUCAUGGCGUCUCUGGGCCAAUAUCGCCGGCCCUCGUGACGCACCGGAAGCUGCGAGUCGUCACGACUCCACGACGCAUGGCCCAACAUCUGGCCGUCGUCUUGGAGGCGCCCGAGCUCGUGCUCAAGAUCGCCGAGUUCGUCCGAUGCCCGUUUUCGCUAUCGGCGCUCCUGCAUAUGGUACCUUCGACUACGCUCUCAGCGCCGUUCCAGACGUACCUUGCACUGCAAGCAACGACGCCGCCGACGCAUCUGUGGCCACACGUCCACGCACACGUGCUGCUCGCGGCGCCGGGCUUGCAAGCGCGCUUGCUCCAGCUGACGUCGAUCGCUCGGGCUUCGUCGGCCGCCGACGUCGCCAAGCUGCCGGCCACGACACCCAUCAUGGCGGAUGCGUACACGACAAUCACGACCGCGGCGUCGUGGAGCGGCCAUCGCCUCGUCGCCUGCGCGCUCGCGCUCACGAGCGCCGACUCGGAAGUUGACAUGCUGCGCGUCGCCACGUGGCUCGAGACGGCCCCGCAGCUGCGCUCGCUCUCGCUGCGCAUCUCAUCGGUCAACUUUGCCCGCGACGGCUGCCGCGCCUUUGUCGACGCGCUCUGUGGGUCCCGCUCCCUUGAGGAGCUUGCCCUACACAACGACGGCGGCGACGCGCGGUACACGGCGGCGUUUGUCACGGCGCUGCAGUCGCUUCUGGCGACGCCGCAGCUGGUGCGCGUGCGGCUCACAAGCCUCGGGUUUCCCCAGCGGGCGACCGAGACCGCGCUCUCGACGGCGCUACGCAAGUGCGUUUCGCUCCGAGCGCUCGAGCUCCAUAGUAUGCUCGGCUUUGCAACGACGUUCUGGGAGGAGCCGCUGCCACGUACAUUGCGCCACCUCGUGCUCCACUCUAGCUCGCUCUUACGCCACGCCGCGUACACGGACCAGCUCAUCGCAGCGCUGGCGCAUGCGCAACUGACGCACUUUACGCUCGACCGCAAGCACCCGAUGUCACCCGAGCACGACACGAAGAUGGCGCAGGUGCUGCGCGUGCUGCCGACGUUGCCGCACCUCUCGCACGUAAGCUUGACGUUCUUGAGCCUCGGGCCCGACUCGGCCGCAGCGCUGACGACCGUGCUGCCGCAGAUUCGCGAGCUCGAGGCGCUGCAACUCAAGAGCAUUGCGUGGGGCGGCGGCCGAAGCACUCUUGAGCGGCUCCUCGUCGACGUGGCGCCGCGCUGCCGCCGACUGCACCGCGUCGCCCUGCGGAACGUCUCGGUGACGUGCCCGGCCAUGUGGCAGCGCUGGGCCUCGUUGCGCUACUUGUGUCUUCGCGGCAGCGACGGCCCGGGUCCCGACGGCAGCAUUCGCGUCUGCUGCGCCAAGGGCGAGAAAGGCAGGUGUAUUUUUGCGGACGACGACCUGCAGCCCUGGGACGGGUCGGUGGACGACACUCUCUAAGUUCUAGUUGAUUCCUAUAGUUUUGUAACAAUUCAAACAGACAUCUUGUCUGGCAUACAUCGA